CGAAUUAAGCAUACAACAUAAAAGUAGAGAUGGCGACCGCUUUGGAGAACGCCAACUUGCUGAGUCGAGCCAUUUUAACAACUCAAAAAUUGAGAAUUAGUGUCUCCAAAACAUUUAAUCAUAUGAAAGAUGGCAUCAAGGUAUCACAGGAUGAACAUGGCGCGCCCAAGUCCUUUGCUUCACAACUACAGGAGGAUCUUUUCCUCAUUAAUGAAAGUUUUAUAGAGUUGGAGAAGCUGACGAUGGCUGUGAGGAGACAGAGGGAGGCUGAGACCAUCGGUAACACAGGAGCACUCAGCAUGGAUCCAGUCACAGACAAGACUCCUCUCUAUCCAAAAGCCCUCGAGACCUACAAGUGGGCUACUAGGCUAAGGGAGCAUUCUGCCCAUUCACAAGCCUUCCUGAAUAACAGCUCUAUCAAGCGAUCGUCAGGAAGCGGUGGUAGUCCAGCAAAGAGAAGGAAAACAGCUCCAACCAAUCUCAACAUCUCAACACAAGCUGUAGACAAUCUUGUCAUGAAUGUUAACCGUCAAUUCCAUGAUGUGAAGAUCACCAAGAUACAACUUAACCCAACUGUAUUGCAGGUUUAUGUGAGCAGAACCUUACAAGCCAUCAUUGUACUACGAGGUCUCCUAAUAGAGAGAGUACUUAUCAGAGCGCACCAUGAAAAUACUCUCAAUGAUGAUGGAACGCUGGAUUUGUGGACCGCAUCAAAAUAUGAAGUAUUUCAAAAGAUCACAGAACAUGCUACGGCAGCUUCAUUACGUUAUUAUCUACCAACAAUGCAGGAUCUCUCAUUUAGAUCAUUCAUGCACUGGCUGAACAGUUUCUCCAAGCUCUUCUCAACACCAUGUAGACUAUGUGGAAAGUACAUCAAGGACAACCUUCCUCCGACAUGGCGAUGCUUCCGCACUGUGGAACCCUAUCAUGAAUGCUGCCGUCCAUGAAACCCAUGUGUGAACCAUUCUCAAGCACUGUCGCUGCUUCUAAUGUCCGUUUGCAAGACAUUUAUGUACACUUUCAAUCCAGCUAAAGUUGCAAUUUACAGGGGUUGCACGCCAGUCAUAGAUUUUGUACAGUAAAAAUAGGGUACAUGCUUGAGCACCUUCUCAUAGAAGCCACUUUAUAAAGGCGAUUAAAAAAUGUUCUAUAAGUUGCUAAUCUCAGAAUUGCAUGGAUUUCCUAGCAAGCCCAGCACCUUAUUUCAAAAAUCCUCUUCAUUUCACCAAUGCAGUAUUGGUGUGAUGUGAUGUUUGCUUUCACAGAUCUUUGUAGAGAA